AUGGCCGCCCCAGCAUCCGUUAACAUCAAGAACCUUCAAGGGAAAUGGGUCAUGAACAAGAGUCUCUCUGACGCCUUCGAUCCCGUUCUUGCGCUCCAAGGCAUCGGCUGGCUGACCCGUAAAGCCUUGGGCGCCGCGACUGUAACCCAGCACCUGAAGCAUCACACAGCCGAAGAUAGCACAUCCUCGCAAAUCGACAUCGACCAACUCGUCUCUGGCGGCCUGAAGGGCACUUCCGAAAAGCGCACUCUUGACUGGCAAUGGCGCGAACACUCGGACUGGCUGUUUGGCACAGUCAAAGGGCGCAACAGGUACACUACUCUGUCUGCAGUUCUUGAAGAGGCGAAGGGCAAGGGUGUGACAGAAGAGGAUGCGAAGUACCUUGCUGAGGGGUGGCUCAAGGAGACUGCGGAGGGUGACGUGGUCGAAACUUUCGUGGACAACGAGGGGAACAAGUGGACUGGCUGGCAGAUCUGGGGAUUUGCGGAAAUCGGAGGCGAGAGGAAGUACGUCAGGCGAGUUGUGGUCAGGAAGAGCGACAAGAACGAGGCGCGGAGGGUGAGGUUAGUGUAUGACUACGCCGGAGAGCUCGCAUAG